GGUGGGGAUGGGCUCCCCACAGUUGGUGAUGCGGCGGCUUUAGUGCCGCGAAUUUCCCACAAUGCAGUGCGGUGCGCUGUCCCCGGUGCUGAUGCUGAGUGCAGCCCCUGAGCCACCGCCUCGUCCGCCGCCCUCCCGCUCCCCACCGGGCCCGGGCCCGGGCCCCCGCCAUGGCGCGGGCCCGGAGACCUCGGGAGGCUCAGGCGGAGGAGCCCUGGAAAGCAGCCUGCGGGCCGCCGUGGCGUUCAAGGCCGAGGGCCAGCGCUGUUACCGAGAGAAGAAGUUCCGCGAGGCUAUUGGCAAGUACCACCGGGCGCUGCUGCAGCUGAAAGCGGCUCAGGGAGCCCGUCAGCCCGGCCCGGGCUCCAGCCCCGCGCCCCCGCGGCUCAGUGAGGAGCAGCGGCGCCUCAUGGAGAGCACGGAGGUGGAGUGCUAUGACAGCCUCACUGCGUGUCUGCUGCAGUCGGAGCUGGUGAACUACGAGAGGGUGCGGGAGUAUUGCUUCAAGGUGCUGGAGAGGCAGCGGGACAACUUCAAGGCCACUUACCGGGCAGGUAUCGCCUUCUACCACCUGGGCGACUACAGCCGCGCCCUGCGCUACCUGCAGGAGGCCCGGAGCCGGGAGCCCGCAGACACCAACGUCCUCCGCUACAUCCAGCUGACCCAGCUGCGGAUGAGCCGCUGCAGCCGAGAGCGAGAAGCUGGGAGCGGCGGGGGCCCCGCCCGAGCCCGGGACGUCCUGGGCUGAGCCGCGGCCGGGCCCCCUCCCCGGGCCCCCUCCCCAGGCCCCCUCCCCAGGCCCGCCUCGCAUGCUGGCUCCGGACUCUGGCCAAGGGGGGGGGGGGGGCGGAGAAGGGGGAGGGCGGAGGCUCUGGCGGAGCUGCCCCUGCCUGUGGGCAGCUUUUCUUUAUCCGCCCCUACAAUGAGGGCGAUAGCCCCGCUGGGCCCGCCGCGGGGAAUUGUGGGGAGGGUCCCAAGAUAAUAAAUGUGAAAAAGUAAAUGGCGUGCAGAGGCUUUGGUGUCCGUUAUCUGGGUGACGUGGGGCCAGCCGCCACCCGAGGCAAGCUUAUGGGUCCCUUUUACUCUGGGUCUAUGGGGUGGGGGAGGAGUUUCAGCCUCCAUGCUGCCUCUCAUUUUGUAGGGUCUGGGGUCCCUACCUGCCC